AUGAACGAACGGGCCCUCAAGCGUAGGAAGCCUACGCCAGGAAUGGCCCAGAAUCCGGCCGUUUUUACCACAAUUCCCCUUGACAAUCUAUUGGCCGAGGUCCACCGACUCCUCGGUCCAACCUGGGCAUUGCCACCAUUCGAUAAUCUAUUACCGGCAUAUCUGAAGCCUCCAUCUUCGCGUUUACAGAUAGACGAUCUGAAUUACCUUAUAAGGAAAGGCGCGUUUGAUGUUCCACCUUCCGAGCUUGGUCAGGAAAUUUUCAAAUCAUAUAUCCGCCAUGUCCAUCCCCACAUGCCAUUUUUGGACCUGGAUCUGUUUUCAGACGCCAUUUUCAAUGCAGAUCCCAGAGAUGGAGAAAUUAGUCUCCUUCUAUUCCAGGCAGUCAUGUUUGCGGGAGCGUUCUUCGUGGACUUGAAAUAUCUAUACGCGGCGGGCUUUCUCUCGAGGCGGAGUGCUCUGGAAGCACUGUUUCAAAGAGCUCGGGCCCUUCAUGAUUUUGACGCUGAAGAAGAUGACCUCGCCGUCCUACAAAGCCUCCUCCUGAUGACAUACUGGUACGAAAACCCGGAGCGAAACAAAGACGGUCGACACUGGAUCAACAUUUGCGUAUCUCUCGCAACAAAAAUAGGCCUCUACCCCGACUCCAACACCAAGACCGCAUCGGGAAGAUUUCAAAACCUUUUAUGGUGGAGCAUGUUCACUCGCGACAGAUUAAUCGCCCUCCCAAUGCAAGAGGCCCCACUUAUCAAAAAUGAAGUAUAUCUUCCUAUACCGGUCCCCACAGCUGCAGAACUAGGCAUAUUCCCCUCUCGAUCCGGAUCGAGCACUGACUACGCCAGCCUUUGUUACCAAGAUAACGGGGACAGCCUUGCGCUCAUUUUCAUCGAGAAAAUCAAACUAUGUCGCUGCAUCAGAGACGAUUUGUUUUCCUGGAAUUCGCGUCUACAUCUAAGUUCCAAAGGCUCAAAAGCACGCAAAGAAAGUCUGACCCUAUCAAAACUGGAUCUGGACGACUGGCUCGAGGCACUGCCCCAUACAAUCGCCUUCCAGCCGAAACCAUUCCUAACGCCUAACGACGCAGACGUGAUAUUCCACGUCCACUGCGCAUGGUUGCAGAUGGUUUAUUGUGAGAUCCACAGCACUCUCCACCGGCAAUUAGAGCUCUUCGAACAUGAGGACACACCUCGUCAGAUCUCGGCAGGUUCCCCGGGGUGUCCGGUUCUACUCGGCGCGGUGGAAAUGACAACUGUCAUCCAGGAUUUGACGCAGAAACACCUUAUAUGCUAUCUACCCACCAGCAGCGUGGCUAUGGUUCUUCGAGCAGGUAUCAUUCAUAUUCAGCAGAUGUGUACCGGUGAUGCCCAGGUAGAGAGCACAGGUCUUAAGGGACUUGUGCAGUGUAUCCGUGCACUACAGCAACUCAGUAAAGUAUAUGGUUCUGCGCUUUUCCUUACAUCGAUACUCGGGGGUCAUGGCAAGGGUCCAUUAGGCUCUUCUCCACGAGAUCUUUUGAAAAGUUUGGAUAUGGAUACGCUAGAUCGUCUUACUUCGGGGUAUCCUGACGCUAUGGGGUCGGAUAUGGUCAGGAUCAGAGAACCGUAUGAUGUGGAUGUAAUUGCUCAGUUGAAGACUCGAAGAGAGAGUAUUUGUUAUUAA